AUGCCGACCAAGGAUCGUGACGUCGACGCCUCUGCUGACGACGACCGUCCCCGCGAAAAGCAACGGCGCUCCAAGUCUGAGCGAAAACCCGACCGUGACAAAGAGCGAGAACGAGACAAGGAAAAGGACAAAGAGCGCCGCCACCGCUCCUCCAGGUCUUCCCGCAGCAAGCUUGGCGGUGAAGAUGGCGACGCGGGCUCGCACGUCUCCUCCUCCAAGAAGCACCGAAAGCGAGACAAGGACCGUGACAGACUCCGAGAUGAUGGAGAUGACAAAUCUUCGCUACGUACAAAGUCGCUCAGCGAUGUUGGCGGCCGCUCAGCUCCCUUGUCGGUCCCAACCGCCCCGCUCAUCGACGGCAAACGAGUGUCGUUGCCGUACCCCUCUUUCAGCAAGGCACAUAGCAAGGAGGCGGUCAUGAGCAGAGAUGACCUGUCGCACUCUAGAGAUUCACGUAUUCCUACACCAGAGCCGACCGACAUGUGCGACGACGAUCGCCGACGCAAAUCCGAGGACGGGAGCCACAAGGGCUCAACAUCAAAAAAGACAUCUAGACCGCCCACUCCCCCCGAGACAGACUUAUCCGCCGACAAACGCAAGUCGUAUGAAUCCAAAAAGAGCUCAACCCAUAGCAAAGAUCGAGAGAGGAGAAAAGACAAGCCCACUGCCUCGAGCGUAUCCAGAUCUGCGUUGCGGAAUGAUGAAGGCUCGAGGGUUAGUCGCCGCUCCGCCUCUUCGAGCCAAGCAACGUACAUCAAACCGGCAGACCACAAAUCACACGAGAAGCUCAGAAUCUCCGAAUCAAGACUCUCGAGCUCGUCAUCUCGCCAUUCACCACAUCGGUCGGGCUCGACACGCAGUGUGCGAAGGUCGGAAGGUCGCGAUGGCCACUCUUCACCGUCGAGUGUGCAGGACUCGUCCCCAAGAACUCCCACGCAAGGUCCCCAAUUCACGACACCCUUUUACGACCACCCUGGCCCCGACGGGCCUAACUCGACAAUACCUUCAAAGACGGCCACGCCUGUGUCUGCCCCGGCCCCGCCACCGCCUCCACCACCCCCGCCCAUGAUGGAUCUUCACGACAUUCCACGAGUCGACUAUCUACUGCAAAAUGGUGGACUAUCAAAUCCAGUAUCGCGACAUUUCCUGUCUGUCCUGCCUAUUCAAAAUGGUGCCCGUGUUACCGGCCCACCGCUAUCCGGUUGCGAUACGCUCUUUGCGCCCUUCUUCAACUUGCUUGAUCAGUAUAAUACAGUCAUGGACAAGCAAGGAUCCGUCGCCGUUGCCACAGGGCAUCGCUCCGUUGCGAGGCGACUGCUCGACCGGCUAGAAAAUAUCUUCUCACGCGACCUGCCACCCCACGGAUGCGCAUGCAUAAUGUGCGACCGCUCCGCCGACAUGCAUCGCGGACUAACAUGGGGCGACGUAUUGGAGUGGGUAAGUGGACGCAUCGAAUUGCCUCAGUGGCCUCCCUUCGAUCUAGCCGAGAUGGGAGCCAAGGCUGCUGAAAUAUCAGCUGAAGAGCCGAGGCGCCCUUCCUCACCGAUUAAAUUGGAUCCGGAUAUUGCAGAGGAGUUCAGAGAGCACUACCUUCGCCAAACCAAGAAAGUCAGAUCGGCCGUCGACAAAUGGUUGAACAGCACACCAGAGACGCCGAUCCCUCCGCCCCAGGAAGUCGAUGACGAGACCCUUGCAUUUGCGAUUCUGACUAACCUGGACGAUGAUGAUCGCCCGUACUUCAACGCGCUCCUGUCCGGUACCCGCGAGCUCAAGCCUGCCAUGCGAGCGCCGACGCCGAUGCUCCGUCAACGAAAUGACUUUGUAAUCAAAACUGGUCUCUCACUUCAACGUUUAUAUCGACUACAGCAAGCUCCUCGCGACGCCGAAAGCGUCACCUAUCUGAUCAAAAACCCGCAUACCCAUGAUCUGCUAGUGACUCUAUCCAACAUUAACAAUUCGGAAUGGGAAAUUCUGACAUCUGGUCGAUUUGACGGGUUCCUAUGGUCAGGCGCCGAGGUUGAUGACCAGUUUGGAACUCCUGGGCUGGAGUCCAGGUCGCAGACACCAUCGCAUGGAUACUUUGGCAGUCGCAGCACGAUGAGCCCUGGCCCUCGCAGCUCCUCCGCUAUGAGUUUGCGCGGACCGACGCCAUUUUCUCGAGGAACAACCCCCGCAUCUUUCAUUAGCACGAGCUCCGUCGGGCCGAGCGGUAGACAGGCAGUGUCAAACGAUGAGGAGAUGGAGAUGCUUGCCAUUGCCGAGAUGGAACGUGACAUUUACCAAGGAAUGGAGAGUCUGGAAGACGCUUUUGAAAAGCUUCAUCACCAGGCAGAACUAGUUCGUACAGCAUUACGUCAACGCGGUGCUGGGCUGAUGCAGAGCUUGCAAAGUCGGCGAAGAGUGGACGUCUUGCCCGCACAAACCCCCACACCGGGCAUUGGACAGGAGCGGCAAACCUGGGCACCCAGCAGUGAGGGAGAGGCACCUAGCGAUGACGACUGGUUUGAGGAGUACGAUAUUAUGCCGGAUGACUCAGCAAGCAACAUCAGCAGCUCACGUCACCGGCGGCCGAAGAGGCGAACAGAGCGGCGGACACCGGCUCCGAUUGAGGAGGACGAGGAAGAGUAA